UAACGGCACCGCGCGGCCGCGGAGAGCCCUGGGCCCCGCAUCCCUCCCGGGCGCGGUCCCGGGUCCCCCGCGGCGCAGCCAUGGCCUGGGCGGCGGGGAGCGGUGGGGCCCGCAGGGCGCUCUCCUCGCACACGCUCCUCUUCGACCUGCCGCCCGCGCUGCUGGGCGAGUUCUGCGCGGUCCUGGACAGCUGCGACGGCGCGCUCGGCUGGCGCGGCCUCGCGGAGCGGCUUUCAAGCAGCUGGCUGGAUGUUCGUCAUAUUGAAAAAUAUGUAGACCAAGGUAAAAGUGGAACAAGAGAAUUGCUUUGGUCCUGGGCUCAGAAAAACAAGACCAUUGGCGACCUUUUACAGAUCCUCCAGGAGAUGGGGCAUCAUCGAGCUAUCCAUUUAAUUACAAAUUAUGGAGCAGCCUUGAAUCCUAUAGAGCAGAGUCAUCAGGGAAAAGAAUUUCCAAACAUGUUACAAAAGGAAACAGCCAAUGUCACAGUGGAUAAUAUUCUUAUUCCUGAACGUAAUGAAAAAGGAAUAUUGCUAAAAUCCUCCAUCAGCUUUCACAACAUCGUAGAAGGAACCAAAAAUUUCCACAAAGACUUUUUAAUCGGAGAAGGGGAAAUUUUUGAGGUAUACAGAGUGGAAAUCCAAAACCGAACAUAUGCCAUUAAAUUAUUUAAACAGGGGGAAAAGAUGCACUGUAAGAAGCAAUGGAAGAGGUUUUUGUCUGAGCUUGAAGUUUUACUACUGUUCCGUCAUCCGAACAUACUGGAGUUGGCUGCGUAUUUUACAGAGAGUGAGAAGUUUUGCCUGGUUUAUCCAUAUAUGAGAAAUGGAUCACUUUUUGACAGAUUACAGUGUGUAGGUAACACAGCCCCACUCUCUUGGCACAUUCGAAUCAGUGUAUUAAUAGGAACAUCUAAAGCCAUCCAGUACUUGCACAACACGGAACCGUGCUCCGUCAUCUGUGGCAGUAUAUCCAGUGCAAACAUACUUCUGGACGAUCAGUUUCAACCCAAACUAACUGAUUUUGCCAUGGCCCACUUCCGACCUCACCUAGAACCUCAAAGCUCUGCCGUAAGCAUGACCAGCAGCAGCAGUAAGCAUGUGUGGUACAUGCCGGAAGAGUAUAUCAGACAAGGCAAACUUUCCAUCAAAACAGACGUCUACAGCUUUGGAAUUGUAAUAAUGGAAGUUCUGACAGGUUGUAAAGUGGUGUUAGAUGAGCCAAAGCAUAUCCAGCUGCGGGAUCUUCUUGUAGAGUUGAUGGAGAGAAGAGGCCUCGACUCAUGUAUCUCCUUUCUCGAUAAGAAAGUGCCUCCCUGCCCACAGAACAUUUCCGCCAAGCUGUUUUCCUUGGCGGGCCGGUGUGCUGCAACACGGGCAAAAUUAAGACCAUCGAUGGAUGAAGUCCUAAAUAUUCUUGAAAGUACUCAAGCCAGCUUGUAUUUUGUGGAAGAUCCUCCCACAUCCCUCAAGUCCUUCAGGAGUCCUUCUCCUCUGUUCUUUGAUAAUGUUCCGAGCAUUCCAGUGGAAGAUGACGAAAACCAGAAUAAUCCAUCGCCACCUCAUGGUCAAAGUUUGAGAAAAGAUAGAAUGACUCAGAAGACUCCCUUUGAAUGCAGCCAGUCUGAGGUCACAUUCCUGGGCUUUGACAAAAAGACGGGGAGUAGGGGGAAUGAGGACUCUCCCAAUGGGUCUGGGCCUCCUUGUGAGGAGAGCUGGUCUCCAAAGUGUGCAACUCCAUCCCUGGACUUGAGGGCCCCCGGUGUGCAUAUGGACCUUUCUGCAGAAGCUCCAGGCCAUUCCUAUGGGAGCAGGCCAGUGGAGACUAGCUGUUCCUCUGUAUUUUCCUGGAAUGAAUGCGAACAGUACAAAAAGGCAUCAGUUUCUGCUGAGGAUAAAGAAGAAAGGAAGAAUUGCUGAGGCAUUGAGUAAGGUCUCAUCUGGGGAAGCCACUGUCUUCAUCAGUAGGAUAAGGGAUGAUACGUGUGGCUGAUGCCCAUCAACAGUGUGACCAAUCCCAUUCCAUUCCUUCCCUUCCAACUUGUGGAACAGAGUGGCUUAAAAGUUUGUUUUAGUAGGAUCAUUGCCUCAUGAGCCAACCUGGGCUAAAUUAAAACCAUUCAGAAUUACUUAAGAUCGUGGACUCCGACUUCAGACAAACAGAGCAGUCAAAACCUACUAGAAAGGAACUGGAUUACUGUGUCUUCUCUGUCAACAUCCAUGUGAGUCCUCAGAGCCUCCGAUCUGCCUCCAAGUGUGUUCAGUUCAGUUGUAUUCCAUUGUUUUGGUUUAGCCUGCUUGCAGAGGUUGCAGGAAAUGUCUAAUUGCAAAUGUUAAUAGAAAUCUUUUUAAAGAA